UCUUCUGGCUUUCUCUCGUUUCGGCCGGGCUCCCGCUUGCUCGGCGUGAAGAGUGUGGAAGUGACGGGGGGAAGCGUAGGAGGAGAGAAGCGCAGUAGGGCAAGUAGGAGAAGAAGGACACACGAAGGAAGGCACACCACCAACGAGCCUGUAGGCAGGCGCCAGCCAUGAACCCCGACCUCAUGACGGUGCUGAGCAUGCGCCAAAAGGAGAUGUCCUACCACCAGCUCGCGCUCGACGGCCGCCUCUCACCCGCGAGCUCCAGCGUAUUUGGCGCCAAUUCGCCGCUGCAGUCGCCGCUCACGGCGCCGUUGCCGCACUCCCCGGACUCGGUGCGUCAGUUGCCGCUGGCGCUCAGUCUGCAGACGGCGCAGUUCGAGCAGUUCGGCUUCACGUGGCACUGGAUCGUCGAGGUGGCGACCCACUUCGCGCUCCAGCGACAGACUGCGCACUUCGCCAACCAGUACGCGCAGGUGCUACUGCGCCGCCGCGCUGCUGCCGCACAGGAAAGCUGCGUGGCCGGCUAUGGGGACGAUGUGCGCCACAUGCAGAGACAGCUGCGCGUGCUCGGCCUCGCGUGCGUCUUCAUGGCGGCCAAGAUCGAGGAAGUGCACCCACCCAAGGCGGCGGAGCUCGUCGCUUUCCUGGCCGAGCGUGGAGUUACCCAACUGGCGGGCGAAGACCUCGCGCGUCUUGAAGUGGAUUAUGUUGUGGAGUUGCAGUGGAAUCUGCACCCUACGACGCCCUACGCGUGGCUGCUGUUCAUGGUGGCCGGUGGCUCGGCCGACCAACGUCCCCUGGACACCAUGGGCGACUUUGUCAACCCGGCCCGCAACCCGUCGGGCACCAAGGAGCUGUUCGUGAACGCCAUUCGUCUGGUGGACAUUGCGCUGCUCGACUACCAGGCCAUCGAAUACUGGCCCAGUGUACUGGCCGGAGCGGCUCUGCUGCUCGUGGAUCCGGCGCUGGACUUUAUGUUCGUGGCGCAGUUCCUACAACUGGACCCCAAUGUGCUCUGGGAGUGCAAGUCAUGGCUGUAUGCUAUGGCCUAUGGGGUCUGCGACCUGGAGGCCGCCAGUACGCAGGCCAAGGACCGCUGGGCCAAGUUGCCGGCAGAGGAGCUGCUGUUCAUCCAGUCGCAGGUCGUGGUGCCGAGCCACUUGGCUUGCGGCCUGAUGCGUCCGGACAAUGUGAUGGAUCUUUAUUCCGCUGGCAUGAAUACUCCGCUCGGAAAGGGCUACGGCUUGGAGAUGUGUCCGUCGCCAUGCUCUCCCAGUGACAACUAUGCUGUGGUGGCGCCACCUCCAACGUGCUUGUGCAAGGGCAACUACCACACGUGCACUGGAGAGGAGACGUCGGGUCCUCAUGUUUACCACUUCAAGUAUGGCUGGCAGGGCAUUGAGACCGGACUCAUGACGGAACCGAACUUUGGGAACCAACAAGAGCAGCAGAUGCAGUAUCCUUAAUUGGAACAAAAGAUGAGGGGGGGGGGUGACUGGAGGG